AUGUUUUUCCCACUGUUGCUGCUGAUCUGCUCUUUCUCCCCGGCUCAGCUUCAGACAGAGUCGGACAAUGAAGUGAUUCAGUAUGGAGAGCAAACUGAAUCCCAGGCAAGGGAACGAGCAAAUGCCUCUUACCACCAACAGAGCUGUCCACAAGACAUCCAUGCUCUGCUGAGAGACAUGACCGCCCUGUUGGCUGAACAGAAGGUGGAGAUAAGGCACUUACAGAGAGAGAAUGAAGUCAAACAGGUGGCCUUCUCAGCCUCUCUGCUGGCUUCAGGCUCAGGAACUAUUGGACCAUUCAACACACACACUCCUCUGGUCUUCAGACAUGUCGUUACAAAUAUUGGAAAUGCCUACAACCCACACACAGGUACUCAAAUUCACAAACUUAGUUUUUUCAUUGCACCAGUGAGAGGAGCGUACCACUUUGAGUUCUACAUAGGUGCACACGGACACGCUUCGCACCCUUCAGGUGCCGUGUUGGUCAAGAACGGACAGAAUAUUUUCAUUGCAUAUGAGCAUCAGCCGUCCCAUUAUGGGAGUUCUGCUAAUGGCGUCACACUGAUGUUAGAGGUCGGAGAUGUCGUGCUUUUGCAGCUGUGGGUUAACUCGAGGAUUUUUGACAAUGGAAAUCGCCAUAGCACCUUCAGUGGUCAUCUGCUUUUCACCACGUGAGAAGGAAAGGUUUUCUUCAGCUGUAAGAUGGUUGUGCACUCUGCAGCAGUGCAUCAGUACAUGUUGAUAAAAGUCUCAUUUCUUUUCCCUUUAUGUGCAACUGAUUGACAUCACUCUCUUUCUGGAUUUCAAAAUACACAGUGACUAACAGUGAUGCAAUAUAUGUACCAAAUUUUUACUAACAGUAGUUCAAGGAAGUGUAGAAUUUCAUGACAAAAUGUGAAAAUGUUCAAAAACAAUGUGAUUUAACUCCAAAUGUUGAGAAAAACUCAAAUGAAUCCUGUAUCUUUACCUGGAUUCAGAUCAGCACUGAGAACUUUAUUUACUUGUUCCUUGGAUCACAGCAGCCAAGCAAACCAUCUAACCUUUACUGUCCGGUCCUUCACUGUUUUUUACUCGUUCAGCAGAAACUUGAAAAGUCAUGUGUUGUUUAUGUGAUAGAGAAUAUUCCCUCAGUUCUGUCAAAUGCAAGAUACAGUAGCUGUGUUUUUUUUGGGGGAUUUGUAAAUAUCUUAUCUUGACGUACAGGCCUCAGUAUCUGCAAAUUAAAGUCUCAUUUGCAGUAUUUCUAUAUGAAAUGUGGAUGAUAAAGCUUAAGCAAUAAUGAUUUGUACAUAUGAAACAUAUUAUAUUAAUGCUGUAUUGCAUUUGAAUAAAGGCAUAAAUAUAUCAUUGCAGUACAAUCUGUGGGAUUUUCUUGAAAACGUGGUGAAU